UCUUCCCCAAGAUGCUGACCAACAUCCUGACUGGAUACAAGACCAUCUCUCUCCCAGGCUGUUUCCUACAAAGUUUCCUCUAUUUCUCCCUGGGCACCACAGAGUUCUUCCUACUGGCAGUGAUGUCCUUUGACAGGAAAGUGUUCCAGCAGAGAUGCUAUGAUGGGGCAGAAGCAACAGAAACUUCCUGAAAAACUGGUGACCCCAGAAGUUCUGGGGAACGCCCAGAGAUGAGCUAUCUGGGGAUGUUGGUGACCAAGGAGUCACGGAGCAUUUCUUAAGGAAGACUGGUUGUUGGAAAACAUGGAGGUUUGGGACACGUGCGGUACAAAGAGGACAGGGCCCGCCUAUGUCCAUGAGCUUCCGACCAUGUUACAGCUCUGGAGCUUCCUUCAUUUUGAAUCCCUGGUGGAUCCCCCAAGAAACACAGUCCUUGGGCAACAUUGCAGAGCCAGGAGCUUCCUCUGAAAACUAGGAGUCUCCAUCAUCACAACUGCCUUGAAGACAAUAGAACACCUCACCUGGCAGCUAGUGAGUUCCAAGUGUCCUUGGGUCGCCAGAGCAUCCCUCCUCCUGAUGCUGCACACCUCUGAUUGGCCACCCUCAGCAGAGGUCAGAGGAGCCAUGCGGAACUACACCGCUGUCACCGAGUUUGUCCUGCUGGGACUCUCAGAUGCCUGUGAGUUGCAGAUGCUCAUCUUCCUGGGGCUGCUGCUGACCUACCUCCUCACUCUGCUGGGGAAUCUCCUCAUCGUGGGCAUCACCCUCGUGGACAGGCGCCUCCACACCCCCAUGUACUACUUCCUCCGCAACUUUGCUGUCCUGGAGAUCUGGUUCACCUCGGUCAUCUUCCCCAAGAUGCUGACCAACAUCCUGACUGGAUACAAGACCAUCUCUCUCCCAGGCUGUUUCCUACAAAGUUUCCUCUAUUUCUCCCUGGGCACCACAGAGUUCUUCCUACUGGCAGUGAUGUCCUUUGACAGGUAUGUGGCCAUAUGUAACCCCUUGCGUUAUGCAACCAUCAUGAGCAGAAGGGUCUGUAUAGAGCUGGUUCUUUGUUCAUGGAUGGCAGGAUUCCUUCUCAUUGUCUUUCCAAGUUCCAUCAUACUUCAGCAGCCAUUUUGUGGCCCCAAUGUCAUUAACCAUUUCUUUUGUGACAACUUUCCACUCCUGGAACUGAUAUGUGCAGACACGAGUCUCAUAGAGCUUCUGGGUUUUAUUGCGGCCAACCUCAGUUUGCUGGGCACUCUGUCCGUGACGGCCACCUGCUAUGGCCACAUCCUCCACACCAUCCUGCGCAUCCCCUCGGCCAAGGAGAGGCAGAAAGCCUUCUCAACCUGCUCCUCCCACAUCAUUGUUGUGUCUCUCUUCUAUGGCAGCUGCAUCUUCAUGUACAUCCGGUCAGGCAAGGGAAAUGAGGGGGAGGACAGGAACAAGGUGGUGGCCUUGCUCAACACCGUGGUGACCCCGAUGCUCAAUCCCUUCAUCUACACCCUGCGGAACAAGCAGGUGAAGCAGGUGUUUAAGGAGCAGGUAAACAAGCUCUUCUUAUAAACCUGUGGAAUUAAGAGGCUGAAACUAAUAUUCCCAGGAAGGCUAACACGAUUCAGGCCCCUGCCAGAAAUGGAGACUUUCCCACUUAGAAAAUUCUCUGCUGCCAUGUUUCUGGGGUGCCAGUCACUAUGCAACUCAGCGUAAACUCAUAAGCUCUCUAGAUCCCCAAAGCAUUUUUAUUAAUUAUCAGAUUUGAAUUACUCUCUUCAUUCCAUCUGUGUCUGCCUGGCUUCCCAACAGAAUACAAAGAGCUCUUUGGGAGCAGGUCCCAGCUCUGUAAUUCACCACAAGCCUCAAGCACCAACCCAUUGUCAUUGACCAUAUAAAUACUCAAUAAGUACUUGCACCCUAACUGGUUCUUUGGGGUCUGUUGCUCCAACACCCUCAGACGAGAGGGUGCUAACAGUUCUCUGUUAGCACUGCCCUCAUUUCACACUUGUGCUCCUCUCACAGUAAUACAUCAGCAAGAACUCAACAGAGGACUAAGCGCAAUUGCUUAUUAUUUUGUACACAAACUUCUUAUGCUUGUUUUUAUUAAAAUUGAUAGAAAUUCUUCAUUCCUAUCGGUAACAGCUCUUCUACCUACUGGUUGGUUACUUCUCUGAGUCUCAGUCUCCUGUCUCUUGUGCAUUGCUGGUGGGAAUGGAAAAUGGUGCAGCCACUGUGGAAAACUCUAGGGCACUUUCUCAAAAAUAAACAUAGGUUUACUAUACAAUCCAGCCUGGGUAUAUAUCUAAAAGGAGCAAAAGCAGGGACUUAAAGAGAUAUUUGUACAUUCACGUUUAUAGCAGCAUUAUUCACACUAACCACAAAUAUGGGGACAACUCAAAUGUCUGCUGAUGAAUAAAAGGAUCAACAAAAUGUGCUAUAAACAUACAAUGGGGUAUUAUUCUGCCUUGAACAGGAAGGAAAUUGUGACACAUGCUCCAAAAUGGAUGAAUCUUGAAGACAUUCUGCUAAGUGAAAGAAGCCAGACACAAAAGUACAAAUAUUGGUUGAUGCCAUUUAUGUGAGGUAUCUAGAGUAGUCAGAAUCAUGGAGACAGAAAGUAGACUGGUGGGAACCAGGGGCUAGAGGUGGGGGUGUGAAUGACGUAUUGUUUAAUGGAUGCAGAGUUUUGGUUUCAGAUGAUGAAAAGGGUCUGAGAGGGGUAGUGCUGAUGAUUGCACAGCACUGUGAACGCCGCUGAGCCGUACACUUUAAAAUGGUCAAAAUGGUCAAUUUUAUCUUCCAUGUAUUCUACCACAGUAAGAAAAAAGAGAUUCCAGAUAGAGCAAAACUAUUUUAUCUUUGACUCUCCCUCUUUCUCUUAUAUCAGACAGCCAAUCCAUUGGCAAAUUCUGUAGAUUAUGCCUUCAAAAUAUACACAGCACCCCACCACUUCUAACCACCACCACCACUACUAUCUUUGUCCGUAUCACCUUCCAUUUCCUCUAGGUUCUCCAUCCCCUACUUGCCACCACCCCCCUGUCCCAUAUCCCUGGAAGAGGGCAGGGGUGGAAAACACAGGCAAGGGGGAAGUGGGCAUACAGAGUUAAGGCAGAUGAAGCCAACAGCACACACCUUUUCCCUCUGAAGAUUUCCCACCUGAAAGAGGCCUUAAGUGGAGCAAGGAGUACCUGUUCACUUUCAGUGAUGUUCAGAAUUUUAACAAUUACAUAGAAUUGGGCAACGUAAUAACCCGAUUCUUUGGACUUAUAGCGAAUGGAGAACUUCUAAAAUAAUAUGAGUGGCCAGAAAAUUCAUCAUACAUAUCCUGAAUCCCAUCCACCGGUCAAGGGAAAGAGAACUGUAGGAAGAAUUGUUUGAAUGGGUAUGUAGGAAGGGGGGGUAGAUGGAAAAUGCAUAUUACUAAUAGGGGGUUAUUAUUCAUAAUAUACAAAGACAAACCACCCAAUAGAUAAAGAGCAAAGGAUAUGCAUAGAUACUUCACAGAAAAGCAAACACAAAGAGCCAAUCAAUAAGGCAAGAUGGUCAACCAUAGUAAUAGUCAGGACAAUUCAAAUUAAAAUAAUAAUCCUUUUGAUGAUUGACGUAUUUUUCAUUUUUAAAGGUAAUAAU